CUUGUCUUUUUCAAUGGUCAAGCGGAAUCGACUGCAUGCUGCAAAACCUCUUGCAGCUACUUUUUCAAACUCGGUGUCUGAUAUUCCUCCAAAUACUACUCAGUUGGACACUGAAUCUCUUGUCAGCAAACAUCACAGUCCAUCCUCACCAUCACGUUUAGGAAUAUCUGCCAACCAGGUCAGUGGCAAGGAAUUUGUUGUAUCGCCUGUUGUCAAGGCAACCUCUAAAUCCACCACAGCUAGAGGAAAUCAUUUAUACGAAUCAACUUCAAACGUGCAUGCAUGUCCGGACGAAUCUACCCAGCCUGACAAUGACUCGAUUGAAAAGGAGAACGAAUUCAACAACGACAAGAGAAAGCGAGUACCCCCUCGGGAAUUUUGGAAAGUUAGAGAUAUAGACGAUCAGCUAGACGAUGAUGACCAGCAAAAUGAGUCUGAUGUAUCCGCUGGUAUUCCCCAUUCACACUCACCGACGCACUCCAAUGUUGUAUACAAGUCCAAUUUAAAAAAGUCAUCAAAAGUCGUUUCAAAAGAUACAGAUUCCAAUCAGGCCAUGAAUGACACUACAUCCCUAACCAAGGUCCGUGCUCACACGGUCGAGAAUCAUCCUCAUUUAGAUCAUCGUGAUGUGUAUUCAAACGAUGAGUUGCUAGAAGCAAAAGUUCGCCGUAAGCGACAUAAUAAGCGAGUCAAGCAUGUGCAAGAUCCAUCUGAGAAAUCUGUUUUACUACCCGCCAACGAGACUUUACUAGACUCGAGCAUUGUUAGUGAAACAAAAAGAAAGGCUGAAUCUAAACCAGCUGCUAUGGGUAAAAUGGUUACUCAACCCCAUGCUGGUCAAUCCGCACUGAAAGGCUCCAAUCUCUCAAGUGCAGAAUACGCUGAAAAGGAUGCUUGCCAAAAUAGCAGUGCAAUAUCCAAAUCAAACGGUUUAAAAACUAGUCAAGAUUCCGUAUCUGCAUUGGAUGUUCAUGAUGUUCAUGAUGCACAUCAGCCAUCUAGUCAAUCCAACGCACCUUGUACGUCGGAUAGUCAAGAGCACUGCAGUCAUUGUAAAGAUACCAAGACCACCAGUACACAUGUAUCUACUCGGUCGGAUCAUCCUGAAUUACUCAAGAUUAAAAAGGAACUGCAGAUUCUUAAAAAGCAAUACGACGAACUAUUUUUGGUUGGAAUUGUAGAAGCCAAAAAGACUUUUGAUUCUUUUCAAACCGCUUCAAAUGUUCGCUUACAAGCAUGUAACGAGCUCACAGAGCAUCUUACUAGUGAGAAUAAGCGAUUGCUUGAGCGCGUUGAAACUCUAUCCAAAGAAAACAUUAAAUUAAAGAAACCAGCUUCUAAAACUACUUUGGACACUCUGUCUGGAUUGCAAGAUCAGUCUCAUGCGACCAAGCAAACGAUAGAAACGGGAAUAUUUGAGAGAUUUGUUAAAGAGUGGAAAUUUAAGCCGGACAGUACUGAAAGCAAAGAAUCUUGCAAUACAGUUGAUGCUCUUGCUCGUCCUGUACAAGGGUCGGUGGAACCGAGUGCUGCAGAGGCUACUCGGCCAAAACCAACAGACGAGUAUUUAGAGAAACUGGCCACUUUUGAAAAAAUGAGCAUGAUCUACAAAGCCUUUACUGGUAUUCACAUUCUUGGUGUGGAAAGGGUUGUGCGUAGUGUGGAUGACGAUUCAGGAUGUAGCCGAGAUUUACCUUUUAACGAGUUUAGGUGCCAGCAGAAUGGUCCCAGACACGCAAUGGAGUUUUCCUUUUACGCGCCAUGCAACAAAGAUGUUGCUAUUUGCAUGUUCAAUCCCACCAAAGUGACCAUGUUAAAUGGAGGUAUUCCUAAUUUGCCCAUGUUUCUGCAAGAAGAGAUUGAAUUUACUAUCGACAUGGCACAACGUUUCUUUUCCAGAAUUGCUGCAUAUUUACAUGACACUGACUCGGAUGACACCACUUUAAAGGAGAUUGUUGAAUGAUUCACUACUAAAGUCAGCAGUGCAUGUGCUGUUUACUUGACAAGUAACUUGUUUUUAAUCAACUAUUAACGAAUCUGACCACAAUAAAUAUCUUGAUGGGUAUCGCAAAA